GGCACGCAGUAGUGCACAGGGUCACGUCACCAGUAAAGCCAUCACUUCCACACCAGAACACAGUUUGCCUAUUUAGAGAGAACUUCAGUUUCAAUAUACAUAUACAGUAGUCACUUAAUAAAGGAUACUUUGUAAAUCAUAUAGAUUCUCAAAAGUUCGUAAUUUAAAUUUUCUCUCUAACAGGAAAUGUCAACAUUCAUCUAAGUGGGUUUUGAUAUUCAGUUUACGCUGUGUGUUUUAGUGUGAAGGUGAGUCGUUAAGAUUGGUGAAGAUGAGGGUGUCCUUGGUGAUCACGAUCGCCGGAAGUGUCACAGUCAUGUUGACCAUCGUCGUCGUGACUCUUGUUGUGACGCUGAGCCCCAACACAGGAGGAGACAAAGAUUACAGGGAGUACCUCCUCAACAGUAUUGAUCCGAACUCUAUUAACAAGUUCCUCAGAGAGUUGACCUCUAAACCCCAUCCGGCUGGGUCAGUCAGAGAUCGGGACUUAGCCGUCUCUAUACAAGCCAGAUGGGAAGGUUUCGGCCUCGAAAACGUCAAGCUAAUGGAAUACGACGUGUUGUUGUCCAGUCCAGGUGUGCCCAACAAGUUCUCCACCCUUGACUCCGGCGGUAACGUGCUCUUCGAGUCAUCCAACACCCAGCCUCCGGUAGACGACCCUCCCCCAUACGGCCAGGACGAGAUCCUCUCCUUCAACGCCUUCUCUGCUAAUGGCAUAGUGAUAAGCGACAAAGUGGUGUACGCUAAUUACGGGUCCGAGGAGGACUUCCAGCUCCUCGCCACCUACAACAUCUCCGUGAGUGAUUCCAUCGUCGUCAUCCGCUACGGCCAGAUCUUCCGCGGUGACAAGGUGAGGUUCGCGGAGGCUAGAGGAGCCAACGGGGUCAUCCUGUAUAGUGACCCCGCUGAUGUAGCUCCUGAAGGACCCUCUUUCACCUACCCCAACUCUGUGUAUGCUCCUCCGGGGGCCACGCAACUGGGCUCCCUCAGGCUCCAGGGGGACCUUCUUACACCUGGAUAUCCCGCUAUAGAAUCUGCUUUCCGUAUCCCCAUGGAGAAAGCAGACCUACCCAAGAUUCCUGUUCAGCCUGUAGGAUACCAUGACGCCUCGGUCCUCCUGAGUCUUAUUGGUGGUGAUACAGCCCCAGCAGCCUGGCGGGGAGGACUCAACCUGACCUACAUGGUUGGACCUGAUCUACUAGACGGGUCAAAGGUCAAGUUGGAAGUCAACAACUCACUUUCAAGGAAGACAGUACAAGACGUGGUGGGCGUCCUCAAGGGCACAGAGGAGCCUGAUAGAUUCGUGUUGUUGGGGAACCACUACGACGCCUGGGGUUACGGUGGCUUGGAUCCAUCCUCAGCCACCGCCGCCCUCACCGAGCUAGUCAAGGUCUUCACGCAGAUGUACCGCGAGGGGUGGAGGCCAAGAAGGACUUUGGUCUUCUGCAAUUGGGCGGCGGAGGAACCUGGAAUCAUCGGCUCAACGGAAUUUGCCGAACAGUUUAGCGUGAGCUUGAAGGACCGAGCAGUAGUGUACCUCAACGUGGACACGUUGAUUGGGGGUAACUACUCCUUCAUGGCCAUGGGUGUCCCGAUGCUCCACGACAUUAUCAUGGAUAUGGCCCAGCUGGUGGCCAACCCGGAUAAAGAAGAAGUGAAGGUGGGGCGCCCGACUCUGUACGAUACUUGGCUGGCACGAUACCCUGACGACAGCCCCGGAGGGUCCCGACCACUUGUCCUGCCCUUUGGGUCUGGGAGCGACUACCGGGCGUUCAUGUUUUCACUAGGGAUUCCCAGCAUGGAUAUGUGCUUCACUGUGGCCCCGGGUGAAAAAGGUCUUCCUCUGUACCACACGGCCUACGAGACCUACAAACUCAACACACAACUGAUGGAUCAAGGACUCCUCUUCCACCAAGCCUCGGCCAGGAUGUGGGGACUACUGGCUCUCGAGUUCUCCACCAGGAACUUCCUCCCCUUUGGUGUUGUUCCAUACGUCGACUUCAUCAGUACAGCAUGGAAGGAUUUUUUGACAACGUAUAAGAAGAUACUGACAAAUCUGGACGUAAAGACAGAAUACUUGAAGAAGAGCGUGACUACCUUGCAGGCUGCUGGGGCAGACUUUAUGAGUAGACUGAAUGAUGAAGAAAAUCCUGAUGACUUGACUAUACGACGAUACAACGACGCCAUGAUGUUGCUAGACCGAGCCUUGUUGAGUAGUGACGGUCUACCAGGGAGGCCGACCCUCAAACACGUGUUCCUGGCUCCCAGUGUGACGAACGGGUACGAGUGGGAGACUUUCCCAGGCCUCCGAGACCUAUUGAGGGAGGAAAACCCCGACCGCAGGGCCGUGCAGGAGCAAAUAGCCAUCCUCACUCACCACUUCCUGAUGGCAGCUAACGCCCUCACUUUUGACCUGUGGCAGUGAGGGAUAAAGGGGGGGGGGGCGGCUACUGCCUAAGAAGUCCCCCGGUUCCUUAAACUUUGACCUGUGUGCCAUUGAGGGGAAAGGGAGGCUGCCUUCAGAGUUUCUAUAUUCCACUAAUUUACUCAUGAACAAGCGCACACAUUCACACAUACACACACUCAAAUAUUAUUGUCUUUUACUUUAAUAAUUAAUAGAUAAACAGUAAUCAAACAUUAGAUGCAUAUUGCUAAAAUACAGUUACUACUUAUAUAUUACAUUAGCAUUAGUCACAAGUUUUCUUCAUACAAAACUCUUAUCAUUACUGCUGUAUCAUAUUUAUCUAUUUGUUUAAAAAAUAAAGUGAAAGUUAC